UUGCCCCAGACCUUCAACUCUUCUCUCCGGGCUCGCUCGGCAAUCAUUAAUCGGCUUCUCCGCAUUCCCGGCAUGGAAAAAUGCCCCAGCGGGUAACCCUGCCCUGGCACUCCGACAUGCAGCUGGCCGGCAAGCUGGUCCUCUCCGCCGCCGCUCUGCUCCUCCUGACUUUGGCGUACAGGUUUUAUAAGUCCCGCUCGCUUGCCGGGGGCAAAAUCCCGCCGGCCGAGGCGGGAGGAGAGCAGAGGGAAAACGCUGGCCGGGAUGAGGAUGGGGACGGCACGGCGGGGCUGCGGCGGAGGAGGGUGUUUGGGGAGGAGGCGAGGAGGGACGGUGGGGACGGACGAGCCAGCGGUCAAGCCAGCGUCCCCCGGCCACGGCGCACGCCUUCCUGGGGGGAUCGAAAUCUGCCGAGGGGCGAGGAGGAGGAGGAGGAAGGAGAGGAGGUGGUUUCUGAUCCCGGGCUGAUUCGUGGGAAAACAGGGUUAGCUGGGAGGGGAAGCGAGCCGGGAAAUGAGCUAGGAAGUAAGCUGGGAAGUAAGUCGGGAAGCAAGCCAGGAAUUGAGCUGGGAAGCGAUCUGGGAAGUGAGCUAGGAAGCAAGCCACGAAGUAAGUCGGGAAGCAAGCCAGGAAUCGAGCCAGGAACCAAGCUGGGAAGUGAUCUGAGAAGUAAGUCAGGAAUUGAGCUGGGAAGUGACCAGGGAAGUGAUUCGGAAAGAGAGCUAGGAAGUGAGCUGGGAAGUAAGUCAGGAAGCAAGCCAAGAAUCGAGCUAGGAAUCAAGCUGGGAAGUGAUCUGGGAAGCAAACCAGGAAUUGAGCCGGGAAAUGAUUGGGGAAGUGAGCGGGGAAGUAAGUCAGGAAGCAAGGCAGGAAUGGAGCUAGGAGUCAAGCCGGGAAGUGAUCUGGGAAGCGAGCCAGGAAGCAAGUUGGGAAGCAAGCUGGCAAACAAGUCAGGGAGCGAGCCGGGAAACGAGCUGGGAAGUGAGCCAGGAAGCAAAUCGGGAAGUGAGCUAGGAAGUGAGCAGGCAUGUAAGCUGUCAAGCAAGCCAGGAAGCGAGCUGGGAAGCAAGCUGGGAAGUGAGCCGGGAAAUGAGCCAGGAAGCGAGCUGGGAAGCAAGCUGGGAAGUGAGCCGGGAAAUGAGCCAGGAAGCGAGCUGGGAAGCAAGCUGGGAAGUGAGCCGGGAAAUGAGCCAGGAAGCAAGCCAGGAAGCGAGCCGGGAAGCGAGCUGAACUCUUACGACCCUGGGGAUGCGUCCGAAGCACUGAGCUGCCGCAGGGCGGAGGACGCGCUUGCCCCAAGCACCGGGCUUUCUCCCGGGAUUGCUGAUGCCCAGGAGGCAGGUGAUGGACGUGCCCAAAGCACAAAGCAGGAUUUGGCCAGUGGAGGCAUGAGCCAGGAGGCCGAGGGGCACGGGGGAAUGAUCCAGACCCUCAGUGUCAUCUCAGACCUGGGUCUAACGAUGACAGCGAGCAACACGGGGUCGGAUGCCUCCUACUCUUUCUCCUCGGUUGCGAAGAUCCAGGUGGAGGAGAACUACAUCACCAAGCGGCAGGCGAAGGAUGAGGCUGGGCAGCCAGUCCCCGGCCUCAAAGGAAAAGUCUAUGACUACUACGUCCAGUCCAUCUCUCAGUCGGUGUCGAAGAAGAGGUGUCUCCCCUACAUCCCUCCAGGAACAUCCCGCAGCUCGGAGCGUGUCAAUGAAGAGCAGCAGAACUUUGCAACCCAGGAGCUGGACCCAGCUUUGGCAAUGCGGGAUCCCACCACCUCCUCGAUAGUUCCACCACCUAUGGGGAGCUUGGAGAGCUCCCCUGAGCCACCUUCUCCUGGCCGCAAGGACAGCACCCUCCAGAUCGCCAACAGCCCCCACCUCCAGCUGCCCAUGGAGGGUUUUGGGGUCACGGUGCCAGCCAGCACGCCUCCUGCAAGCCCCCAGCCAGGGCUGGUGGCCAGUGCUGACCACUUCCAAAUGCCACCACCCACCCACCUGGACCUGGGGAACUGCUACGAAGUCCUCUGCACAGCCAAGGCGCAGAAGCUCGGUCACCUCCAGGAGGCCGCCUACAAGGUGAUGAGUGACAACUAUCUGCAGGUGCUGAGGAGACCCUCCAUCUACGGCCGCCUCAACGCUGGCGAGCGGGAGCUCAUCCUGCGGCGGAGGAUGAAGGGGAAGAUGUACGUGGCUGUGGCAGACAUCAACGUGCAGGAGCCCGGCAUCCACACCAGCCACCUCUGCUACUACGAUGAUGGAGGAGACUGCUGGCAUCACCUCUGCCACAUGCCACCGGAGGUGGUCUCCCGGGGGUGUGCCAUGUGCAGCAUGUUCAACUACCUCUUCGUGGUGGCCGGCUGUGAGGGCACAGGCCGGACACAGAGACCUUCCAACCGUGUCUUCUGCUAUGACCCUCUCACCAACAUCUGGAGGGAGAUCUGCCCCCUGAACCAAGCACGGCCGCACUGCAAGCUUGUGGCUUUGGAUGGCCACCUCUACGCCAUCGGCGGUGAGUGCCUCUACACGGUGGAGCGCUACGACCCCCGGCAGGACCGCUGGACCUUCAUCGCACCCCUGCCCCACGACACCUUCGCUGUGGCCCACACGGCCACGGUGUGCGAUGGGGAGAUCUACGUGACGGGGGGCACCUUGCGCUAUGUGCUGCUGCGUUAUGCCACCCGCUCGGACAGCUGGAGUGUCAGCCCGGCCGGCAGCGGCAGGAACAGGACAGCUGAGAUGGUGAGCACCAACGGCUUCAUCUACCGCUUUGACCUGCACCGCAACACAGGCAUCAGUGUCCACCGCUGCGGUGCCAAGGCCAAGCUAUGGUAUGAGUGUGCCACCUACGCCAUGCCCGACCCACCUGGCUUCCAGUGCGCCGUGGUGGGCAGCCUGGUCCACUGCAUCAGCCGGCACUUCCACAUACGUUUCCUGGCCGACCACAUCUCACCACGCUUCGGGACCAAGGAGCUGCAGCCCUUCCCGUCGCCCCACGGCAGUCUCCUCCCAGCUGUCCUGGUGCUGCCGGAGAGAGGGACGGCACAAACGCAGGUUUGAGGGAGCCGUGCUUGGGUCUCAUGCAACAGUGGUGGUGACUCGGAUGUGACAUGAUGGUGAAAGCUGGUAGGAGAAGCCACCAGCCCACAUUGGAUGACGUAGCAUGGGACCAACACUACCAGGGCAAUAUUAUCCAUCCUUACCAUCAAGGAGGCAUCCCCGCCCGUCGCCGUAAGUAAGGAAGGAAGGGGACAAACCGCCCUUGGAUACUGCCAGUAAACCCAGCCUUGAAGACACAAGGAAGAGCAAAGCAAGAGACGGGUGGACUUGUUUGCUUCAAGGUAUUUAAACAUAGGCGUGCUUGCUCGGGUGCAAAUAAACCACGUCUCGCCGCAGGCUCCCGGCUGUGCGCUGCCCAAUUAGUAGCUGCUUUACACACUGGGCGUUUAAUAUUGACCUGGACACGCAACACACGGGGGAUUUUAGGGUGGAGAAACACAGCAGGGAGGUUUCAUCCCUAAGGAGGUAUGACCCAAAGGUCAGCCCCAUCGGCAUCACGCCAACAUUGAGCCUUCGGGCUUGACCUUACCCAUCCCCCCGGGGUUGGAGGCUGGGGGCCAGGGGUUGCGUUGCUCCUACCAGUGCCUUACUACCUGUUUCCUUCUCCUCAGCACAGAAUUAUAUACGUGUCUCUAGAUAUUUAUGUGCACCUGAUGUAAAUAGGCCCUAUAGAUUUAUAGACAGCUGGUCUUAAAUGAAAUUAAAGCGAACAUUUGGUAAAAUUAACCACGGGCGACUGUUGCGCAUCAUUUCAAGCCGUAGCCAAGCCUAAUGGGAACAAAGAGGCCGACGCAUGUUUUACAUCGCUAAUUACUGCACAACCGCUGUCUCUGAGGAGGAAACCAAAAGCAAACCAGGGCCCUGACUGUAGGCAGCCGGUCUUUCAUCCCCUUUUCCCCAGGUUUCACCGACCUCGUUCCUCCUUCUCUGUGUCCUGCCAAAAGCCUACUUUGGGUAAUUGCGUUUUCUUCCCCUCAAACGGCUUGUCAUCUGUCAUCUGUCAGCCCCAGACAGACAAAUACAGCUCCCAGACAGACAAAACCCUGCCGUACCUGCCUCCAUGGUGGCAGCAGGUCAUGAGCACGAAGUCACGGACGCGCUUGAAGCGCUUGGAGAUAAGAGGCGGUGCUGGAGCAGCCCAGGAUAUCACCAUUUACGCUUUGUUGCUCCUGGUGGUUUAGGAGAGCUGAGGUUAACGUUUUCCUAACGUGCUCCCAAAAGUAUUUAUUACUUGUCUCAGUUCCUGCCUGGAGACCUCACAUUUCUGCCUUCAAGGGCUUCCUACGAAGGUCAGUGGCAUCCACCUAUGUCAGAAGACCUUGGGAGGCUGUGUUAAUUAACCCUGCCUUUGAAGUUUGCCCAUUAGCCGUAGCGUGUUGCUUCUGCUGAUGGCGGGUGGGUGAUGCAUCCUCUCCUCAUGCUAAAAGCUGCCACGGUCCAGCCUCUUCCACCACCGCCGGGGCCACCUCUUCCACCCCCAGGAGAACGAAAGUGGGGCUGCAGCUCCCUGCAUCCCGUCAUCCCUCUAUGCUGGGAUGCUUGGGCCGGUAAACCUUAUGAGUCCAAAAAAACUCCAUAUUAUCAUUAAUAUUUAACUCCUUGUUAUUUAGUUACCUGCACAGCCGGCGCUCCGAGCAGCAAGCUCAACAAGACGGGCUCGCGCGCGCUCCAACACAUUUCUACUUCUCCCCCAGCAAAACCCGGGUACCGGCAAAGGUAUCCCAGCCCCUUUGCAACCUGCAAAAGCCUCUUUUAACCAUCAGCGUCCCGGCUUCGUGCCCUUCGGCAUCCCUGCCAGGGCAGGCUGGGCGCUGGGGAGCCGAGGACGCGCAGGCUGGGUGGGAGCCGGGCAGCUGGAGCCCUUCCAGGGGCUUUUUUUUUUGCCAUCCCCAGAAAAGCUUUCCUGGGAUCCUGCCCUUCUCAGGGUGCCCCUUCGCUUCCGUUUAAUAUUUCACCUUUCCUUUAACUCCUUGCUGCCGCGUCGAAACCCGGCAGCUUUUCCUUAUUCCCCAGCGUGACGGCGAGCGAUGAAUAGCAACGACCGCGGGCGGGCAGCUCUCCCCCCGCUCCUGCACUCUCCGAUAUUAACACAAUUCGCCUGGGGAGGCAUUUUGGAGAUUAAAAGCGUUGGGGACAUCCCGUGCCGGAGCACUGCUUGUUCUGCAGGGAAGGACAACCAGGUUUGGAGCAGAAAAGCGCGCAGUGAUCCUGUGGUUGACGGCAAAAUGACUUUUGGCUGCGGUUAAGGGAAAGCAAAGGAGAAAGGACAAAUGAAAACUGAUACUCAGACCUGGGUGAUUAUUUCUUUUUGCUCCCAAAUACCGGUGCAGGGGAGGAGCCUUUGGAGAGCUGGCAGGCACGGUGGCAAUGGCGGUGCCACCAUCUGACUCCUGCCACCACCCCUGGAUCCCGGCCGUUGAGUUCCAACACUGCCGGACACCCAGCUCUGUGUUUCUACUGACGGGCAGCAGCUUCAAACCGUGGCCUUGCAGCUCUCGGGAUAACCAUAAGAGCAUUGAGCAGCUUCAAUGCAGCUUGCGACACUGGGAUAUUAUUUAUUUUCGCUGAUCGGGUUGGCAAAGCUGCCACAAUUUCCAGGGAAAAGGGUUAGGAGGCACAUGGGGCGUCCUAAUAAAGCUCUGCACCGUGCCCCGUGGAGCUCCAAACCACCCUGAGCAAGUUCAAGUGAUGAUAAAUAACCAAGAGGCUGCAAUAAACCCAUCCGGGCCAGGGUUUACCUGGAGGCUCCUGCUCUUGGGAGCCUCUUCCCUUGCUGCAAGACCAGUCGCUGCAAGCCAGGACCCUCGCCAGGUCGGGGACCGCCAGGACUGGGUUGCUGGAAGAGAAAACACAACCACCACCGGGCUCGUGAGAGCUGGGAAAGCCAACUUCCACCACCCGCUAGCCGUUCUUCCAUCCCAAUUCCCUCGAGGAUGCCACCCAAGAUGCUCCGAGCUCCUUCAUCCUUCCACCAGCGCCUGGACCCGUCGCGGUCGUCUGGUUUUAUCCCCCCAAAGAAAGGUGCAACCGCGAAACCGCGCUGCUCUGCAACCAAAUAUAACCUUUGCACUAAAUUUGAUAUUUUCUUCUAAUCAGGAAGACCCAUUAUCAACCCCCGCCACGUUUAUUUAGGCAAUUACAUAGUUUAAUGUACAUUGAUUCAGAUUCUUAAUUUUUACAUUUUUGAUUAUGGUAAAAAACCAGCGAGUGACGCAUUUCUUAUUUGCUCGGCGCUCUUUUUUUUUUUCUUGC